AUGUCAACUUCCAAUUCGAGUGAUGUUGUCGCAAGUAAACCAAAAAGGAAAAGACGACAUAGAUAUAUAAAUACUAAGCACAACAAAGUUGUUGAUAUUUACAACCCAUACUACAAUUAUUUCAACGAACGCUAUAAAAUUCGUGUGAAAGGAAGGAAUAAAAAAAGAAAAGAAGCAGUACCACCAUUAGAAGAACAACCAAAUAAGAUAUCUAGUGGAAGCACAUCUGGUAGUGCAGACAAGGUACUGGCUAAGAAGAAAUCUUCAAAGAAAAAAGAAAAUGAUGCCGAAAAGAAAAAAAAGAAAGAAGUUAAGAGAAAGGUGGAUAAGGAGAGCAAGCAAAAGGUUAAGAAGAAAAGUAAAAUUGAACCAAAGUUAAAGUCAAAAUCCGAGAAAUUUGAUGAACAUAAAACGUCCAUCACAUCCACCGGAAUGACAUCAAAGAAAAAGAAGAAGAAGGGAAAAAAGAUGAAGGAAAAUUAUCAGGAGAAAUCGGAUGAACAAGCAAUCACAGCUAUUGGAAUGACAAAAUCUAUGAAAGAGAUGAAAGAAAAAAAGAUAAAGGAUUACAAUAAAGAUUAUGGAAAAUCUGAAAAACUAUCAGUCACCUCUGAAGAAUCAUCGAAUGCUACGGUUAAAACUGUAUCACCUAAAAAGGAGGAAAAAGAUAGAAGGAAGAUGGAAGAAUAUAAUAAAUGCUAUGAAAAAUCUGAUAAGCUAUCAGUUACUUCUGAAGAAUCAUCAGCCGGUACAGCCAGACUAUUAUCACCUAAAAUAUGGCAAAAAGAUAUGGAGGAUUACAAUAAAGAUUAUGAAAGAUCUGAAGACUCAGAAUCCGGAAAACUAUCAAUUACCUCUAAAGAACCGUCGACCGACACAGCCAGAAUGUUAUCACCUAAAUUAGAGCAAAAAGAUGGAAAGAACUAUAAUAAAGACUAUGAAAGAUCUGAAGACUCAGAAUCCGGAAAACUAUCAAUUACCUCUGAAGAACCAUCGGCCGACACAGCUAGAACGUUAUCACCUAAAUCAAAGCAAAAAGAUGGAAGAAAAAUGGAAGAUUACAACAAAGGCUAUGGAAAGUGUAGAGAAUGGUCAGUGGCAUCACCUAAAAAACAAGAAAAGGAGAAAGGAAAAAUGGAAGAUUAUGAAAGUAAUUGUUCACAUGCUUAG